AGAGGCAGAAGCAGAGGAAGGUGAAGAAUAUUAUGAAGAAGGUGAAGGGUAUUAUGAAGAAGAGGGCGAAGCAGAAGAAAUAAAUGAAUACUAUGAAGAAGGUGAAGUAGAGGAAGGUGAUGAAGAGGGUGAAGUAGAAGAGGCAGAAGACUAUUAUGAAGAGGAAGGUGAAGCAGAAGUGGACGAGGACCAUGAACGAGAUGAUGAUCAGCCUGAUGAAGAUCACGGACAUGGUCAAGCUGCUCAAGUCAGUGAUUCUGAUGAAAAUGUUAAAGACACAGAGAGUCAGGAGACUAAAUAUCAUAAGGAAGAAGCUGAUGAGGAUGAUUUAGAGUACGCACGGCCUCUUACACCAGACAGGAGAUACUUAGAAUCACUUAGUGACUCACAGGAAGUGAGUGAAAUUCCACACGAUCAAUCAGAGAACCUAACCAAGGAAGAAGAUGAACGGUAUCUGAGUGCAGCUUCUCCUUAUUUGAAUUAUCGUAAGUCAAUAAGUGAGCUGGAACCUUACCUCGAUUUCAAGAAAGAGGUUAGUGACCUUAAACCUGAAAUCCAGGCUCAGUUUUUGAGUAGUCAUGAAAAUGGCCAUGAUGAAGAACAAAGCCAAGCGCACAGAAAAUCGAUAGAAUAUGCAGAAUCUGGUAGUCGUCGGGUUUCACAGACCUCACUCUCAGAAAGGAGAGCCUCCAAAAGUUCGAGAGGAGCAACACCAGACAUAGAAAUUAAGCCCCAGGAGCUACCCACAGUUGAGAUUCACGACCCAAGCACUGACUCAGAUACAGAAGGGGCAGCGACACUGAAUAUUCCCAAACCACAAGAACCUAGAAAAUCGAUUGGAGCUGAUGUCUUGCAAUUUCUGUUGAGGAGAUUCAGUAGUCAGCCUAUACCAGACCAUCAAAACCUACCAAAUGAGGACAGGGAAAAUUCAGAGCCACAAACUGAACAGCAUGACGAAAAACGCAAAUCAGUUCAGUACAACAGUUCAGACAGCGAAACAAUUCAAGAAAUGGUAGGUGAUGCAGGCCGACGAAAGAGCAGUGCAGUGAAUCCGGAACUUCUUGCCUCUGGGCUGAUCGAGGAACUUGAAAAUCGGAGAAAGAAAAGCCUUAGUGAAAAUCAACUGGGAGAUGCUGAGGCAUAUCAUUCUCUCCCUGAAGAUGAGCAAGACACAGGAAACCAGGUAUUGGAAGGGGAAUGGAAACCUCAGCCACUUCCUCGUACGUCUUUCAGCCAUGGAGAACAACUGGAUGAAAACAUCAAGGAUGCUCAUGAUGUAGAAUCAGAUUCACAAGACAUUGAUAUUGAAGUUUAUCAAAGACUUGGAGGGGAUUCAUCGUCAUUGUCACCAAGACGCUCAGUAGCAAGCAUAGCAUCAAAUAAAUCACCAAGGGCAUCUCCUUCCCCAAGGAGUUCAACCACUGGCUUGGAUAUAGCCGAAUCAGAAUCCAGGAAAUAUUCUCAUGACUUGUCAACAAAUGCCGAUUCUCUAGACAUACAAGAUAUACCAAAUCUGCGUCGCCGUUCAGUAGUUAGACUUGAACCAGAACUAAACUACCCCACUUCAGAUGAGGAAGACACCAAUUUAGCAGGAAGUAUUGAUGGUCUUCAAAGGAAGAAAUCCAGUGCUAAUUCUGAUGCUCUCCAGUCGAUUGACCAAAGUGGUUUAGAGGCAAUGGUUCGUAGACUGAGCAGUCAACCAAUACCUACCCACAAAGGCAGUAUUGACCAAAUGGAAGGUGAAGAAUUACAAAAAGUUAUCACAGAUCCAGAUUACUUAUCUCCUCAUGAUACUUUGGCAUUGGAAAAAUUAAUUGAUGAACAUUUAAAAUCCCCAAGGGGUUCAACAGCUGCUCAAGAAACAACAGAGACAGAUCUGGAAACUAUAAUAAUGGAAACCUUGAAAUCACCAAGGGGGUCAAUCAUAGGACCAGGGUCACAAAAAGGCUCACCUGCCUUGUCCCCAAGGGCCUCAUCAGCAGGUCUGCAAUAUAAACUCUCUCCCCGUAAUUCUUCUGCAGGUCUGAAAGACCAAGAAACACUAGUGAGAGAGAAUCAACCUGAGGUACAAGAAGCUGGAGGUCUCGAAACUGAAUAUGAACAAAAAGCAGGAGGCCAGCCCCGUCAAUCAAUUGGAGCAGAGAUAUUCAACUUCUUAGCUCGUAGGCUUAGUACACAACCAACACCUGAACCUGCUGAUGAAAAUAGAGAUGAGAAUACCGAGUCAAUUGAAGGAUCAACAGUUCUGAUUGACUUUCCAUCAGUUAAAGAGCCUUCAGUAAGUCUAGGAGUACUGGAAUCACCAAGGGGAUCAGUUGCAGGGCUGGAUGUUGAGAUGAUACCAUCCAUUAGGUCUCCAAGAGGCUCAUCUGCAGGAAUGGAUUCAAGAAGGUCAUCUAAAGCCUCUUCUGUAGGGCCAGAAAGAGCAAGAUCACCAAGAGGAUCUUCUGCAGGACUUGAAGCAGAAAGUUCACCAAGAAGCUCAAGGAGAUCUUCCAGAGCCUCUUCUGCAGUACCAGAAGUAAGAAGGUCACCAAGAGGCUCAACUGCUGGACUGGAAUCAGAAAGGUCACCAAGAGGCUCAUCUGCAGGACUUGAAGCAGGAAGAUCUCCUAGAGGCUCAUCUGUAGGACUGGAAGCAGAAAGGUCACCAAGAGGCUCAUCCGCAGGGCUUGAAGCUGAAAGAUCCCCGAGAGGAUCUUCUGCAGGACUAGAAGCUGAAAAAUCACCAAGAAGCUCAAGAAGAUCUUCCAGAGCCUCUUCUCCAGUGCCGGAAAUAGGAAGGUCACCGAGAGGAUCUGUUGGACUCGAAUCAGAAAGGUCACCAAGAGGAUCUUAUGCUGGACUGGAAGCAGAAAGGUCACCAAGAGGCUCAUCCGCAGGACUGGAAGCAGAAAGGUCACCAAGAGGCUCAUCUGCAGGACUUGAAGCAGAAAGGUCACCAAGAGGAUCUUCUGCAGGACUAGAAGCUGAAAAAUCACCAAGAAGCUCAAGAAGAUCUUCCAGGGCCUCUUCUCCAGUGCCGGAAAUAGGAAGGUCACCAAGAGGCUCAUCUGCAGGACUGGAAGCACAAAGGUCACCAAGAGGCUCAUCUGCAGGACUGGAAGCAGUAAGGUCACCAAGAGGCUCAUCUGCAGGACUGGAGACAGAAAGGUCACCAAGAGGCUCAUCUGCAGGACUGGAAGCAGAAAGGUCACCAAGAGGACUGGAAGCAGACUGGACUGGUCACCAAGAGGCUCAUCUGCAGACAAGGCAAGGUCACCAAGAGCUCAUCUGCAGGACUGGAAGCAGGCUGGAAGCACAAAGGUCACCAAGAGGCUCAUCUGCAGGACUGGAAGUAGAAAGGUCACCAAGAGGCUCAUCUGCAGGACUGGAAGCAGAAAGGUCACCAAGAAGCUCAUCUACAGGACUAGAAUCAGUACGGUCACCAAGGGGCUCUUAUGCUGGACUGGAAGCAGAAAGGUCACCAAGAGGCUCAUCUGCAGGACUGGAAGCAGUAAGGUCACCAAGAGGCUCAUCUGCAGGACUUGAAGCAGAAAGGUCACCAAGAGGCUCAUCUGCAGGACUGGAAGCAGAAAGGUCACCAAGAGGCUCAUCUGCAGGACUAGAAGCAGAAAGGUCACCAAGAGGCUCUUCUGUUGGACUGGAAGCUGAAAGGUCACCAAGAGGCUCAUCUGCAGGAAGAGAAUCAAGAAGAUCAUCUAGAGCCUCUUCUCCAGGACUUGAAAGAGGAAUAUCACCUAUGGAGUCCUCUGUUGGACUAGAACCAGAAAAUGAAGAUUACGAUAUUGAAUCUGUGGAAGUGAGAGAUCUGAAUGAGAUUCCACAGGUGGAAGAGUUAUCAGUACAUCUAGGUGUCCUGGAAUCACCAAGGGGGUCAGUUGCAGAGCUGGAUGUUGAAAUGAUACCAUCCGUAAGGUCUCCCAGAGGCUCAUUUGCAGGACUGGAUUCAAGAAGGUCAUCUAAAGCCUCUUCUGUAGGGCCAGAAAGAGCAAGAUCACCAAGAGGAUCUUCUGCAGGACUUGAAGCAGAAAGGUCACCAAGAGGCUCCUCUGCAGGACUGGAAGCAGAAAGUUCACCAAGAAGCUCAAGGAGGUCUUCCAGAGCCUCGUCUGCGGUACCAGAAGUAGGAAAGUCACCAAGAGAAUCUGUUGGACCUGAAGCAGAAAGGUCACCAAGAGGCUCAUCUGCAGGACUGGAAGCAGGAAGGUCACCAAGAGGCUCAUCUGCAGGACUGGAAGCAGAAAGGUCACCAAGAGGCUCAGAAAGUCAUCUCUGA